AUGCGCAAGCCACCUCCCGCAAUCCUGGGCGACUAUCUCUUUGGUGGAACCGCACUCAAGCAGGCUCGGGAGCACACGACAUCCGCGAGCAUCACGAGCAUGAAAGAGAAGGUGCUCGACCUCCACGACCUGACCGCCUUCCCUGCGUUUGGCAAGAGCGGCGGCGGGGAGCGGGGAGAAGUCGGCGGGAAAGCCGGCGGCGGCGUCGCAAAGUGGGUGCUCAAGAGCCGCACCGGCCGCGCGGACAAGAGCAACGACGGCGGCGAGGAACUCGUCCUCAAUGUCAAAGUCCGUGGCUACCGGCACUCGAGGUGGGAGUGGCCCGAGCUGCGUGCGGGAAGCAGCACCAUCCAGGGCUUUGGCCUUUACCCUCGAGCGGGCGGCGAGGUGAACUGGGAGAAGCUCGAGCGGCCGCUCGCGCUGCCGUACCUGGGCAAGGAGACGGAGGUGGAGAGCGCGUCGCAGGCGCGCGUGCUCCGCUCCGUCCUCAGCGGCUGCUUUGACCUCUGCCGCCGCGACGAGCUCUUCACGCCCAAGGGGCACGUCUGGGCGCGAGUGCAGGACGGGAUCUACGUGACGUCUCAGCCGCGGCGCGACCUCGUCGACGGCCAGCAGGUGGUCGGCGACGACGAGUGCCUGCUGCAGGUGGGUGUGGAUUCGUUGUACGACAAGCGUGGCGUCUCGCACGUCGACGAGGGCGACGAGGAGGUCUGCUACUUGCGGGCGGAGGAGGCGCGCGAGCUGCUGCACCUGCCUCCGCACGUGUUCUCGCUGCUGUGCGCGCACGCAGAGGACGGGCACGCGGACCGCAACAUCUCGACGCACAUCGUGCAGUUCAUGCGCAAGGCGCAGGCGCACCUCAUCGUCAACGCGCACCCCAUGUUCCGCAACUCGGCCUUCAUGAUGGGCAACGCGAACGAGCCGCCGCCCUCGCUGCAGCUCGAGGAGCGGACGCUGCUGCCCCUCUCCGACGACGACCCGCUCCUCCUCCGGCUGGGCCUCCGCCAGCCCGACGGCGCGCGAGCGAUGUACGGCGCGUUUGUGCACGAGUUCCCCGAGGUGGCCGACAAGUCCGCCUUCUUCCUCACGCGGCGCGAGUCGUACCGCCCCGCCGAGGAGCUGACCGUCGUGUACGGAGGCUCGUACAACCGAACCUACUCCACCUGGGGGCACCAAGGCAACCCGCCAAUCUACAAGGUCCCCCCCGACCUCUUUGCGGACGGGACGUGGGCCAGCCACGCCGGCGGCGCCUGCGCGCCGUGGGCGAGUUGGCCCGUUCGCACGCCCGGCUGGUUCAACGUCGAGCGGCAGCCGACCAACAGGCCAGCCUUCCAGCGGCGCGAGGACGGCUCGGUAGAGCUGCUGCCUGACCUGCCGCUCGUCGUCAAGGCGCGCAGGCAGGCGCUCGACGGAGGGACGCACGAGCAGCGGCUCGCGAAGCUCGACUCGCUCUUCCUCGACUGGUCCGUCCCGCAGCUCGAGGCGACGCCCUUCGCGCCGCCGCUCCGCUUCUACCUCGCCACCGCGCUGCCGGCGAGCCGCCAAAACGAGUACAGCAUGGCCGGCGACUCGGACGCGGUGGUCGCCGCCGGCGGCGUGUGGCCGCGGUACGCGCCGCCCGCGCCGCCCGCCGCCGCGCCGCCCGCCUCGGUGGCCGAGGGCAGGGCGGAGGGGGAGGGCGGUGAGGGGGAGGGGGCGGCGCCGCGCCUCGUCGCCGCCAUCAAGCACGCCCUCGACGUGCCCGCGAACGACUUUGAGCUUCCGCGCGAGCUGCGGACGCUGAGCUCUGCCGAGCUGCGUGCGGCGGUGCAGGGGGAGGAGGCGAUGCUGCGCGACGACAACUCGGAGCAGCUGUACGACUCGGACGAUGAAGAGCCAGAGUGGCGCGCGCCGUGGCGGCACGCGCCUGGCACCACCGUGUGGGCCCGCUCGCAAGGCUUCCCCUUUUGGCCGGCGCGCGUGGAGGCGCCCGCCGCGGAGGGCCGCUACUGCUGCUGCGAAAAGGUGCCCGCCGUGGAGGAUCGUGACACGGCGCGGCUGCGCGACGACGGCUGGAGCUUCGUCUGCUUCCUGGCGUGGAACCCGAAGCGUGCGCACGGCUGGGUGCAGGGCGACGAUCUCCUCACGUGGGAAGAGGGCGUGCGGCUCAACUACCUUGCCCUCAAGGCGAGCCGCAAGGCGCACGACACACUGCUGCAGCGUGCAAAGAAGCUCGCCAUCGCACGCGUGGCGGGGCGGCCGGCGGCGCCGCCGCCGCCGCCCCCGUGGUGGGUGCUGCACGCCACGCAAGGCAAGGACGCGCCGCUCUCGGAGCCACGGCCCGCGGCUGCCACGCGGCGGCGGAGGGGGGCGGCUGCGGCCGGGGAGGCGGUGGAGGAGGCGGGGGCGGAGCCGCCAGAGGUGGCGGAGGCGGCGGCGGAGGCGGAGGCGGAGGCGGCGGAGGCGGCGGAGGCGGCGGAGGCGGAGGCGGAGGCGGAGGCGGAGGCGGAGGCGGAGGCGGCGGAGGCGGUAGCCAUCCCCGAGGUGCCGCGGGAUGCUUCGUUGCGCGAGGCGGAGGCGGCCGAGAAGUGGCAUGUGGCCUACGUCGCCGCCGCCCCGCCGCCCGCCCUUGGACGGCCAGAGGCGCCGCAGGCCAAGGCGCCGCAGGCCGAGGCGCCGCAGGCCAAGGCGCCGCAGGGCGAGGCGCCGGAGACGACGCGGCGCGUUGACGAGGCGGCCGGGCCGGCAACGGGCGCCACGACGCCCAAGCGGGUGCCCCCCGACGCGCCGGCCGCAAAGCGGCCGCGAGUCGAGCCCGCCAAGAGGUCGCCGAGUCGGCAGCGGCAGCGGCCACCGCCGCCGGUGGCGGCGGCCGCACACCAUCACGGCACGCGGCGGACCCCGGCGGGCCGUAGCACCGCCACCGCCGCCCAGCAGUGCAGCUCAAAGAUCGGCCCGCCGACCGGCGACCCCGGCUUCCGCAGGGUGGGCCAUGGCGAAGACAAAGUCUGCGGCACGCCCGGCUGCUCCUUCCCGGCAGGCCACGCGGGCCUCUGCGAGAGCGAGGUGUGCGACCCGCGCGAGCGGCGGCCGAGGCAGGGCCGGGCGGCGCCGCCGCGUCAGGGGACGCUGCCGUUCGCGCAGCGGAAGAACGCGCAGCGGGUAAAGUGA